AUGCCACGUGGCAGACGAUGCCCAAAACCGCCUAGUCUUUAUAUAAAGACUUUCGAAAUCCCGAUCCUAACCCUGUACGUCAUUUACAUCAUUCAGUUCCCGACGCACCUUUCUAAUGGCUGGCCCAUUCUCAUCGCCUGGCAGAACAGUCUCCGUCGCAGAAUCGCCGAAGGGAGAUAUAGACAUACCUCAAGUGCCAUAUUCCAUCUGUUGUUGCUGUUCAAAUUGAAAAUCAUCACAAGUGUGUAUGACCUCUUCUGGAAUAGCAAACUGUCAGAUAUCGAUCCAGCAGUGCACACCUACGGUUGGCUAUACGUGGCCCAAUCCUUGGUUAUCAACACAAGACAGUUCUAUGCAAUGUACCUGUAUGUACAAGAGCUGGCAGAAGUCAGGAAGAACGAUCGUCACCGUCGAUAA